AUGUCGGCUCGGCGCGGCGCUCCCGGCGGCCAACGGCAUCCCCGUCCGUAUGCCGUUGAGCCGACUGUUGAUAUCAAUGGGUUGGUGUUGCCGGCGGAUAUGAGUGAUGAGUUGAAAGGGCUUAACGUGGGAAUUGAUGAGAAAACUAUCGAGUCAUUGGAAUCCACACGACGCAUGUUGGCUCUCUGCGAAGAGAGUAAGGAGGCCGGUAUCAAGACUUUGGUCAUGCUUGACGAUCAAGGAGAACAACUCGAGCGUUGCGAAGGUGCACUUGACACCAUCAACACAGACAUGAAAGAGGCUGAAGACCAUUUGAAAGGAAUGGAGAAAUGCUGCGGUCUGUGCGUCUUGCCAUGGAAUAAGACGGACGAUUUCGAGAAGAAUUCGGAAUAUGCAAAGGCUUGGAAGAAGGACGACGAUGGAGGUGUGAUCUCGGAUCAACCGAGGAUCACUGUUGGAGAUCCAACUAUGGGACCUCAGGGAGGUUAUAUUACCAAAAUUACGAAUGAUGCUCGAGAAGACGAAAUGGAUGAGAACAUUCAGCAAGUGUCGACUAUGGUUGGAAACUUGCGUAACAUGGCCAUCGAUAUGAGUACUGAGGUGUCCAACCAGAACAGACAACUCGACAGAAUUCAUGAUAAGGCUCAAUCAAACGAAGUCCGUGUGGAGUCUGCCAACAAGCGUGCAAAGAAUCUCAUCACAAAAUAA